UCCUGCUCGUCUGAUGUAAGGAAACGAAUGCCGCACCACCGUCGGGCCCUGUUGGCCUCGUGCUCUGCAACAAAUCUCAUCCAGCACACCAUGUGUACCACCAUCUCACCAUCUCCUCGUCCGCAAGUAAGUCAGCCAGGCUUAGCACUUCACAACUUCAUUAGAGCACAAUGUACAAAGUCGCCUAUCGCCCACAUACAUUUUCUGCAGUCAUUCCGGAACAUAGUUAGGCUUUCAGUCGCAUUCCGAAGGUCUUUUACUAAGCGUGUAGCGCUAUUACUCUGACCAACUACUAGUUGAAGCUUGCUGACUACUAUUCUUCGAGAGUAGUAUUGUCGCCCCAAGAUGAUGCAGGGACCAGAAGUAUUGAGUCAACCGCCCCAUCCGCAUUUCUCGUCCUUCGCGGGCCCUGGUGAAUCCAUGGCGAUCCAUUAUCGACAUUUUUCCUCCGCGUCCGUUCCUAGUAACUACCCGCAGCCCGUUCCGCCGUUUCCGGCCGACGCCUCGGAAGUCGAUGACGUCAUCGAGGGGGAGAUAGUUAACGACGACUACGACGAUGAGUCGUCGUUCAUUUCGCAUGACUUCGUACAGCCCUUCGCAAAGCCUUUCGCACAGCCCUUUGCCCAGCCCUUCCCGCACUCCUCGGAUCCGCUGUCGAGAGUGGACGAGUAUGACGAUGACUCAUUUCCAGCGGCGGGUGCGGCGGCGGGGUCUAUGGCCAGGGAUGGGUACGGCUCACCAGCGUCCAGCGUCAACUCCGCUAUUGAGUGCAACGGCGGUUCCGUUAUAGUGUACGAUGGCGAGCCACAAACUCCCGUUCUGGAGGGCGAACCCGUGUACGACUACUGCGGCGAGGACGACGAAGAUGGCAGCAAUGAUGGCGACGAUUACUACGACGUGGACGAGGAGGAGGAAGAGGAUGACGACGACGAAAACUGCGUCACGCUCGAGCUGGCUGCUCCUGACGUGGCAGUCGCAGCGCGGAACACCAGUUACACGCUGCCGAAUGCGCAACGAAGCAGCAGCGGUCCAGUUCAGGUCACCACCGAUUUAUACGCCUCGCCGCUCGAUGCCGAUCAUGGCGACGCCUUCCUCACUUCCGCCUCCGCGCCCAAGACUCCGCGACAACUCCAAGGGAACCACGGGCGAUCGGGGUCCGUCAGUUACAACGGUCAUCAGCGUCAGCUGUCCGUCAGUUCUAACGGUCAUCAGCGUCAGCUGUCCGUCAGUUCUAACGGUCAUCAGCGUCAGCUGUCCGUCAGUUCUAACGGUCAUCAGCGUCAGCUGUCCGUCAGUUCCAACGGUCAUCAGCGCCAGCUGUCCGUCAGUUGUAACGGCCAUCAGCGCAAGCUGUCCGGAUCUGCCCUUUCGAUGGGUAGUGGCGGCAAAAGCCGCGGUGCAGACGGGAGCAGUCUCGCCAACGGCAGCCGUCCCGCCAGUGGCGCCAGCAGCGGCAGCGGAACUGACUCUAACGGGCGGCGCACGAUGCGGAAGUCGGGCACUCUGCCAGAGGAGCGGUCGCGCGGGCGAGGGAGCAUCGCGGCUUCCGCCGCCGCCAUCGCCGCAACCGCCGCGGCUGGAGCCCCGUGGGCCGGCGCUGGUUGCGGCGGCGCUGGCCGCGGCUCCGCCUCCUUUCCGCAGUACAGUGGUAGCAGUACGCGCGUGCUUAUGAAGGCCGCUAGCAUGCCGCCCGCCGUCGACUCCCGUCGCCCAUUCACUGGCGGUGGUGGUGGCGCUGGUGGUGGCGGUGGUUCCGCCAGAACCCCCCGCCCUCCUGCAGUGCGCCCGCAGCAGCGCCAGCAGGUGUCUCCGCCGAACCAUGCGCCAGGCCACGUUGCAGCGCAUCCUUCCCCCAGGGCGCGCCUGCUGUCCGCAAAAUCCCCGCGCGUCCCAGCGAAAUCCCCCCAUACAUCCUCAACCGUGCCUCCGAGUGUCGCGCUGAAGUCUUCCCCCUCCCCGCGCACUUUCCGGGGAGGCGCGGGGACGCCUCCAACGCCCAGCCAGCAGCAGCUGCGCGCGCUGGCGCAGUCGCGCUCUCUCCCCCCCCAAUCCCCCGCCAGCGCCGCAGCCGCCGCCGUUGCAAGUGUAAAAGCAGCCGCAUUUCCGAAGAGUCCCUCGUCCUUCGAGCCUUCGAGCGGAAGCGGAACGGCGCAGGGGCAGGCGCGGAACAGGCCACGUCAGCCAAGCGCUGCUUCAGCCCAUCCCAACCGCUCCGGAACUCCGCUUUCUCCGGCGCUUCGCCCGGUGAGCCACGCGCUUCCCGUACGAAAACGACCGAGUUCCCUCUCGAUACAGUCACAAUCGCCUCAGCAGCAGCUGGUCCGGGUCGAACCGCCUCCGCAGAUGCGGAAGCCGAAGCUGCCGCCUCUGGAUAUCGCAGGCAUUCAAGACGAUUCUCAGCAGGAAGACAUGAGCCCGUCUGUGUACGCGUUACAACAGCAACCGUUACAGGUGCUACAACCGCCACAGCAUAGCAGGCGGCCGAGCCAGGGCCAGCAGGGUCAUUCACGAGCCCAGGAAUCAGGUCUGGACGCUAAGCAGCCGCUAAAAGGAAUACUUAAAUCGAGCAAGGUUCAACCAGAACAAGGUGGGGGGGAGCAGGUGGGGGGGGGAUCUGAUCAGUGCACAGGAGCAGCGCACAAACGGAGAGGGAGUGGUUCGGAAGCGGUUCAAAGGUUUGGAGGAAACGUGGAGAGAGCGGGGGCGAAAACAGAAAGCGCAGGGGGGGCGGAGAGAGCAGCGGGGAGAAGCGCGGAGCUCUGUGUGCAAUUUGAUGAGGGCGGCUUGACGCGGAAAGGAAGUGCCAAGGUUCCGGAGGAAAGCAGGCUUCGUGCGGCUGUACAUAAGGGGCAGGCGAGGAAGCUGAAAUCGGUGAAGCCUGUAAAGGGGAUGGAGGGGAAGGAGAAGGGGAGUGGGGUUACCAGGAGGGUGACAGAUGAGGGGAAGAGUAAAGAUCAAGUACAAUCACCCGUUAUGGUGAAGCAAUGCCUACUGCCUUGGUUUCCUAAGAAAACGAAACCCUAGCCAGUUAGGGGUGUUGGGCUGAGAAAAGCCCUUAGGAUCUUUUGCAGAGACUAAGUCCCAGCUGUAGAGACUUGAGACUUGGAGUAGUGCAGCGGAAGUUGAGGCAGUUGAACCCUUGUACUAGUAUGUGA